GUGUUGCUCUUAAUCAGUCUCCGCAUAAUUGGGGGCAUCGACCUCUCUAGAGGAUUGGAGAUCUGCCCAGUAUUUCGCCAAUGAGACGUCUGGACAACAAUGUUCGGUUAGUCGGUACGCCGUAUGAAACUUGUGCUAAUCGGGAACACGAAUACGGCGUCGCCAUCCAAGUUUUAUAUACCUGUUGCAUGCACCCCCGCCCAAAACAACAUGACGGGAGUUAUCUCUUCUCUGCAAUUACCAAUCGAACCAUGAGUGGUGGCGUAUUAGCGUCCAAAUCAGCGACAUGGCUCUGUAUACUCUCAGCACCAGCAACACCAUUGCUACAGUUGUGGUGUUUUGGCUAACGUAUUUUAUCUCAAACAUUAUCUAUAACCUCUAUUUUCAUCCUUUAGCGAGAUUCCCGGGCCCUCUGCUGAUGAGAGUGUCGAGGAUACCAUAUAUUCUCAAGUUCACGAAGGGUAUUCUGCCGUACUACAUGGUAGCUCUCCACAAGCAGUAUGGCGAGAUUGUUCGUGUUGCACCAGAUGAGCUGGCGUUUGCCAACUCUGCAGCAUGGAAUGACAUACAGGGCCACCGAACGAAAGGGCAGUUAGAGAUGGAGAAGUCGGCCAAGUUCUACCGACCCAUCAAAGGCAUGACCACGGACAUCAUCACUGCCGACCGCGAGGAGCACGGGAAGCUGAGGAGGACCCUCGCGCAUGGGUUCAGCGAAAAGGCCCUUCGUGACCAGCAGCCUCUUAUCAAGAAAUAUAUCGACCUGCUCGUACAGCGUCUUCACGAGAAUUGCGCGGGUGGUUCAGCCGCGCUAGAUUUGACUGCCUGGUACAACUUCGCGACUUUUGACAUCAUCGGGGACUUGGCCUUUGGCGAGCCGUUUGGCUGCCUCAAAACCUCUCAAUAUCACACUUGGGUUUCAACAAUUCUCUCGCUGGCGCGUGUGGGGACGAUCGUCCAGUCUCUGGCACAAUAUCCUACGAUCAAGGCUGUCUUGGACGCCCUUGUGCCCUUUGCGGAAAGGAUGGAUAAGCAAAGGCAAGACUUUUUGAACAUAUCGAAGGUAAAGUUGAAGGACCGGAUGGAGAAGUACCAGGACCGGCCUGAUCUGGUCGAGCCUAUGUUAAAAAGGGCAGACGAAUGGGGCCUCACUUUAGAAAAGCUGCAAGCAAACAGCAGCUUGCUGAUUCUUGCUGGCUCCGAAACAACUGCAACGCAACUAUGCGGAGUGACUUACCACCUCAUGGCGAAUCCGGACGCACUACAGAAGGCGACAAAGGAGAUUCGGUCUGCGUUCAAGUCGGAAGAGGAUAUUAACUUCAUCACGGUCAACGAAUUGACUUAUAUGAAUGCAUGCUUGAACGAAUCUUUCCGGCUGUAUCCUCCAGUCGCUGGGGGGCUGCCGCGAAUUGUGCCGCCAGGAGGAGCAAGAGUCUGUGGUGAGUAUAUUGCCGAAGGGCAGACCGUGGCUGUGCAUCACUUUGCUCUAUACCGGGAUGAGCGACUCUGGAAAGAUGCCCAGGAAUACCACCCCGAACGCUGGUUAGGCGAUCCAAGGUUCGCGGAUGAUCAACGCGAUGCCUUGCAGCCCUUCCAUGUCGGACCAAGGAAUUGCUUGGGGCGAAACCUUGCCUACGUCGAAAUGCGCACAAUUCUUGCUCGGACGCUGUGGAAUUUUGACCUCAAAAUCAACGAUGAGAGUCUCAACUGGCUUGACCAGAAGAACUUUAGUCUGUGGGCGAAGCCUUCACUGAUGGCAUACCUCCGCCCCCGUUGAUAGACGAAAGAAAACAACGGG